AAUGAAUUUUAUUUUCAUUUUCAUGUGAUAAAUAUUUAAUAUUUAUUUUAUGUAUUUACAGCAUAAACAAGAACAAUUAUGAGGAGUUAAUUGUGGACAUGAUCAAGAGAAGUCUGGUUUUGGAUCACAGCAAAUCACCAUGUGAGAAGAACUUCAUACCAGACAAAAAGGGUGAAAUCAUAGUAAUGUUCAUCAAAACGGAAGAACCAAGAGACUUUGUAACGUGGCUGCAAGUAGCCAGGUGCUUCAAGAUCUGGGACCUUGAUGUUCGAGGUUAUCACAAGAGUAUGUGGAGACUGCACAUGAAGGGCAGCAAAAUGCUUCUCAUUGGAGUGUCAAACUCAGAGUAUUUGCAAGCCUGUGACGCACCAGCACUAGACCUCAAGUGACUCGUCUGCCGUAAGAGCAAGGAGCUGUUGCUUUGCAGUCAUAGCAAGCAAGUUACAGCAAUUCUCUGACAUCCAUUUUGCUGCCCUAUCAUCCAUGCUUGACUCUUUCAGAUAGCCUUUUCUCUUGAGGUUGUGCCAUAAAAAUCUGGUCAUGUCAAGACUGAAGUGAAAAUCUGUGCAUGUCAACACUGAAGUGAAAAUCUGUGCAUGUCAA